AGACCACACACACCAGGACAGAGGAGCGUCAAUAUUUCACCUCCAUCUCCUCUCUCUGAGUAUUUUAUCUUUAUUAUCAAAUUUACUUCAUCCACAGGAUUUAAUCAUCACCUGUUUUUUUUUGUUGUGAGAGGGGAAUGGAGCAGAUUGUGUUGAGCCGAUGAAAAGUUUUUUUGACUAAUCUACACGAGGGAAGAAGAACAUCACCAUCAUCAUCAUCAUCAUCAUCAUCAUCAUCAUCAUCAUCAUCAUCAUCAUCAUCAUCAUCAUCAUCAUCAUCAUCAUCAUCAUCGGCUUAUUUCAGCUCGUGCAGUGGAUGAAGCUCAGAGAGCGCACACAACCGAAUAAAGGGAUUUGGAGAAAAUGACAAGUUUGUGCGGAGUCCAUCAACACCAGCUCAUCCUGUUAUUGGCUGCUGCCAUGGUGAUGGCGAUUGAUUCGUCACACAACCUGGCCAGUGAGAGGAGUUCGAUAGAAAGCACGUAUGAACUCACCAAGUACCUGGAGUAUCAGCUCAAGGAGAUCAAAGACGUAUAUCUCACCUACUUAGGCCCUCCAUUCAACGAGAAAGACUUCUCCCCCCCACGGCCCAACAGCACGGCUCUGUCCCUGCCCAUUGCCGCCACCCGCCUGGAGCUGUGGCAUGGCCUGGAGAACCAAGCCCGCCUUGCCCAGAACCAGAAGGCCUACUCUGUGCUGCUGGCGGCUGUCAGGGAGCUAGCCCGCUCCACCCUCUGCCCCUCCCUCAAGACCUCCCUGCUGCACUUUUGCACGGGCCUGGACGGACUGCUGGGCUCUAUAUCUGCGCUGAUGACCACGCUUGGGUACACGCUUCCUCCUGCAUCUGCAAACAUGAGAAGUAGCGCUGGCGAGCUGCAAUACCCUCAGAGUGGGAUAGGAGGCGACCGGCCAGCUCCACUGAUGAGCCAGAGCCUGUACAGGUCCAGAACCGGGUCUAGGACGGAGGCGGGUCACCGUAACAACCAGAAACGAAGUGGGGUGAGGGUGGUCAGAGGAGAUCGCGAGGAUGGCGUCGACGUGGACCUGAUAGAAAAGAAAAGGGCAAAUUCGGGGAGGAGAGCUGAGACGACUGCAGCUGGAGGAAGGAGUGGCGGAUCGCGGGAGAAGGGAAGAGGAGAAAGAGGGAGGAGAGGAAAGAGGGAGGAGCCCCAGAGCAGGAAAUGGACCGCCACCGAAGACGAGAGAGCGGGGGAGGAGGGAGAGGAGGAGCUGGAGCGAGAGGUAGGGGCGGAGAGAUGGGGCAGGAGGUUGUUGAGCAUCAGCGAGGAUGGCGAUGAGGAGGGGAGGCAGUCGGAACCUGGGGUCGAAUUGCCUUACCUGGACACACAAAGUUCCAUCUCCCUUCUGCAACCAACCAUCGUGGACAACAACAACAAUCUGUACAGCUACAACCUGAACUCACGUCACACAGACACCAUCAGAAAGGAAGAUGGAUUUUUUGUGGUGAAAAGCAGUGGGUUAAUCCUGGAGGAGGGGCAGCAAACAAAUAUGGAGGCGGCCUCCUCUUCCUCAGCUUUCUAUCACCAGCGACGGCCUCCUCGCUCCCUCUCCCCCCCCACACUCCAACCUCCCCUCUCCACCCUCUCCCUCCUCUACCAGUUCGGAGCAGGUGAGAGGCACACCCUCCUCCCCCAGCCUGUCCCCCUGUCUUUACAAAGGGGCACCUCCCUCCUUUCGCCCCCUUUGACCCCCCUGCUCUCCUCCUCCUCCUCUUCUUCCUCACUCCUGUCCGUGCGGCCGACGAUGAACGACUUCGCCAGGAAGGUGGAGGGGUUUUGGAUAUUGCGGGAGCUGCAGAGUUGGCUGUGGCGAUCGGCGAAGGACUUCAACCGCCUCAAGAAAAGACUAAGAGGUUGAGACACUUCAACGGGACGGGACACUGAGACAAAAUAAACACACACACACACACACACACACACACACACACACACACACACACACACACACAAACACACAAAUGUGCAGUAUAAUGGAAAUCGUACCCAUAACGAAUUGCACAAAAUCCGUCUGGAAACAAACUGAGAGCUUUGACCGACAAACGCACACAAACACACUCAUGCUUUAACGCAGUCAUUCAUACUGUACUGGAAUAAAUGAAUGAAGCACGAAUUGGCAGGUCACCAGAAGCGCUAAUGGAAUAUAACACACACAAAACCCAACACAUUACCAGCACUGUCACUCUCUCUAAUGCACAUAGCAGCUCAUUGAGCAAGACACGCUGAGACUGGGCUGAGUUACCGGACUACACGGCUCAUAGAUCAACAGGAAUACCACUGUAGGUGGUUAGACACAUGCACGCACGAGGGUAGACGUAGCGUCAGGCAGCGAGAGGGACAGUGCAGCCAUUGAGCGAGAACUGAUUCAGCGACCUCCAGAAGUGUGAAUCAGCAAACUUCAUUUUCUCGAAAAGGCGGAAGGGAAAUUAUUCUGAAUGGGUAAAAGACAAAGGGAGAGCAGAGUGGAGGAAAUGGCCAGAGGGAUGAAGAGGAGGAGAGGAAGACUCGGAAAGUGACAGGAAGACGGGAGGAGGCGUGAGUCAGGGGGUUCCGCACUGGGAAUAAUGGGCAGAGGGGUACUGCUGAGUAAUGGCAAGAUGGACGGUCAGUUACAGUAACUCUAUAAAAGCGCUACACAUACUGUCCAGACAGAGAGGUGGUCAUACACAGACUCACCCUCACUGUGGUAUUUGGUGCCUUAACAAACAAUUCACUUCUUUGAUGCUUUUGAUUCAGUGCUCAUAACUUUUACCACUUUAUAAGGAAUUUAUCCCAGAGUUAGAAACAUUAUAAACAUAUUUUACCAUGGAAUUAUUGACCUGCAAAAAACUCAUUAAAGGUCUCCUGUAAGAAACAGUUUUUCACAUUUUGGGAAUUUAUGGGGGCUUUCUUGAUUUGAUAUGAACCUUUGAUUUACAAAAUAUCUCCAGACGAGAACUCAAAUGCUCAAACAAGCCGUUAUGACAUUGUUGUUAUAUUAUUGUUUCUAACUCCCAUUGCACAAUGUAACACUGGGCAUAUGUCUGUCCCGUCAUCGUAUCGCUCUGUUUACACACACGUACGGAUUCAUACAAACCAGGCUUUUGGAAAUCUGCAAUUUGGAAGGUGUUUGUAAAACUCUCUUAAUUACUGACUUUCAACAAAGCCAUAAUUGCGUCGUACAAACAUUUCAAAUUUGAAACCCUGUGGUAGUUCAAACUCCCUCUGAAAGCUCAUUUUCACAUGUGAGCGAAGUAAACAAUCAAGAUUGUUAGUUAGAGCCCCCUAGCAGUUCCCGGCAGGUUCUGCUGUUGAGCUUCUUCUGUACUUCUGUGUUCUGAUGCCACAGGCUGCAGCAGCUUUGUUCAUUGGCUCCGCAGCUGCACUGUAGCUGAUAUGCACUUCCUCAAAAAUGUAACUGCACAUCAAGGCUACAGCAGCGAGACACCACAUGGUGACCACAAGAGCCGUGACUGGUCAAAACGGCCUGCUUGGGUUUUUGUCUCAAAGUUUCCACAAGAUCAUCUGUUGGAGCCUUUUCCAAUGCAGCACUUCUGCUAACCAUAACAAUGGUUCAAUGAAAAUACUGCAAUAGUACCAUUCCUGUGGAAUAUGAUUAAAGCACAACAUGACCUUAACAAUACAUGUUGACGUGGUGCUAUCCAUGGGCGAAAUCUGACGCCGAACCAUAAAUCUAAAGCUACUUUGCAGGUAUCUAUGACGGCACCUCCCUUCCGUUGAUCGUAAAUCUGACUUCAGUCUUUGUGCUAAACUAAGAUCACCAUCACCUGGUUUGAGCUUUAUGUCUUAACAGGGAGACAUGAGAGUUGUAUCAGUCUGCUCGUAUAACUGUCAGAAAGAAAGUUCCCAAAAUGUCAAACUGUUCCUCUUCUUCGUCACUUCACACUCCUCAGUACAAUUGUUUUUGGAAUUUUUGUUGAAAAUUGUUUAUUUUUUUGUCCCUUUCAAAACCAGAAAUCCAUCUCUUUCCUUUAUCUACAGAUGUUUUUGUUUGUUUUUUUCAGAAUAAAUGUAACGCUAUGCCUUUGAAAUGUGCCUUAGAUGACGUGGCGUAAGGUUAUGGAUCAUAUCUCUA